AUGAGCAUGAUGAGUGAGCUUACGUUCUUCCUUGGGCUACAAAUUCAACAAUCCGAAGAAGAAACUUUUAUAUGUCAGACCAAAUAUUCAAAAGAGCUGAUUCAAAAAUUUGGUAUGAACAAUGCAAAAUCAAUUGGCACUCCAAUGAGCCCCGCUACAAAUAUAGACAAAGAUGAACAGGGCACCCCUGUUGAUGAAACCAAAUAUAGGGGAAUGAUUGGAUCACUGCUAUAUCUAACAGCAAGUCAACCAGAUAUUAUGUUCAGUGUAUGUAAAUGUGCCAGGUUUCAGUCAGCUCCCAAGGAGUCACAUUUGACUGCUGUAAAGAGAAUCAUUUGA